AUGGCGAAAAAGAAGACAAAAAAAGUGGCCUCUCAUCGCGGUGUUGCUACUGUAUCGACGCCGUCCAAAAAACCAUCCACAACGGACGAAAAAGUCGAGUCCACCACGUCAGUCACUCCAGCAGUGGUUGAAAUAGAACAACCUCCAACAGCAGCUUCAUCGACCAUCGAGGAGCAACAGGACAAGCGCAGCCUUCUUCAAGAACAAAAGGAUCCACUGCUGAACCUUGCCAAAAAGUAUGAAUCGCUCAACGAUCAUAAAGCGCAGCUCAUGUUGGACCGUCUGACAAAGAACGAUUCAGAACAAGCACUUUUAGAGGAACGCCCCGUCAAGAAAUUUCGACUCUCUGCAGAUAUUGAAAAAACAUUGCUUCCAAUCGUCAAUGCCAACACACAGCAUGGACGGCUUGAUGGUCAGUGCUCACUUUGCUAUACUGUUGCAAGUCAACAAGCAAAGGAAAAAGGGAUAGCUCAACUCGAUGUCCUUUAUAGAACGUUGCUAAAACUAGGCUUUGAUGAUUGCGAUAUAGUUGCUUCUUUCAGUGCCACUUUGGCCGAUACCAUAGAAGAACACCUCGAUUGGCUUUGUGUCCAUGUACCUUAUGAAAGAAUGCCCGUUGGAUUUUUUGACAAGUACUUUAAAGACGAAGAAGACGAUGCAUUGAUAUUAGUGCACAACGCGCAAAAUGGCAACGAGGCAAGCACCCCGAGUCCAUCCGCCAUAACAACGACAAAAGAACAAGACAUCAAGGUGACUUUACCCGAACGUCAGAGUAGCGACAGACAGGACAAAGCAGCAGCCAUGUCUGAUAUCAAAGCACGUAUUUUGCAAGCAGCACAAGACUACAUGGAUGAAGAGGAAAUCGACGUCAAUGAACAAUACGCGUCCUUGAAAUUACAACUCUCAGUCAUUGAAAAGCAAUCGCCGAAUAAUCACAACGCUGGUAAAAAAGGGAAAAAGCCUAAAAAAACGACGACCGUAGAAGAAGAAGAAGAAGACCCUCCAAAGGUUCUCUCGGACGCUGAAUGGGUCCGCGUGCAGAAGGAUAUCCGAAAGCUAAAGGACAAGAUGGCCAGUCUGGAAGCGGAUUGGGACUUUGACCCACAGAAAGCAAUGGCCAUCUAUCACCAACACCUGGAAAAAAUAGCCAAUGAAAACCGUCAACGACAAAUCGAAGCAAGAGCUUUAUUGAAGAAGCAAAAGCAGGAAGAAGAAGCGAGAGAAGAGUUGAAAAAAGAAGCCUACGUCAUCGUAGACCAUGACACUCUCCAUCACAACCACAGCCACGAGGAAGAGGACGAAGAAGGGCUCUUUGGAGGCUUACUGAUGGGAGAAGAAGAGGAAGAAGCGGCUUUGACAACAAACCCACCGUCGAUGGCCUGGAAUAUCAUUGAUCUCGAUCUACCUACAUCUUCCCCCCGUCGCUUACCCAAGGACGCCCUCCAAGAGCAUUGUAGGAAACACCAUCUUGGAAAGUCAACCUAUACUUCCACGUUGAGAGGAACAAAUAUUUGGACUUCCGCCUUGAUCCUCCAUUCCGUCAAUGACAGCACCGAACCUCUCUCGUUUGAGCUGCCAGAAGGGAUGGCUGCUACCACUCAACCAACUGCUGAGCAGUUGAUAGCCAUAUAUGCUCUUUUCAAACUAGAACCCAUGUCGUCUAUCUACAAAAUCUUUCCCGCUUGUUAUCAAGACGUAUGGUCAGCGUGGGCUGAAGAAAAGCGAUUGGCGGAAGAAGCACCACGCUUGGAAGCUGAUAAACGCAGAUUUGCUUUAUUGACAGAGAUCGUCGAGAAAGCUUAUCAUUCGAUAAGCGAGGACACCGACAAAAAAGAGGCACUCUUAUCUACAGAGGACCCAACUGUAAAACAAGAACAUGCCAUGACGCCAACCAAAUCUGAAAAACAAUUUGCUCAAGUGCGCGCCAACUUUAAAAGCCGUUUGGAUAAAAAGGAAUAUCUCUCGAUGAAGGAGAAACGACAGACGCUUCCUAUCUAUGCUCAGAGAAACGAAAUAUUAGAGUUGGUGAGACACCACCAAGUCUUGAUUCUGUCUGGCGAGACGGGUUGUGGUAAGAGUACGCAAGUUCCUCAAUUUCUGGCUGAAGAUCUCUUGUUAGGAGCAGGAAAACCAGGAACGGUCAUCUGUACACAGCCGCGUCGUAUUUCUGCCAUGUCCAUUGCUAACCGUGUCUCUUUGGAAAUGGGUGACCGCCCGAGAUCCACAGGCAGCCGAGAUGCCAUGGUCGGUUAUCAAAUUCGACUGGAAAGUAAAAUGUCGGCAGAAAAUGUUUUACUCUUUUGCACCACAGGAAUCUUGCUACGUCGAUUAGAAAGCGAUACAUACCUGAACGGCGUCACUCAUGUGGUGGUAGACGAAGUUCAUGAACGUACGCUGGAAAGUGAUUUCUUAUUAAUUGUGCUGAAAAAGCUGAUGGAUGUUCGUCGCGACCUAAAGGUCAUCUUGAUGAGCGCUACCGUCGAAGCAUCCAGGUUUUCUCACUAUUUUGGUGGUUGUCCUGUUAUUUCUGUUCCUGGAAGGACAUACCCUGUGCAUGUACGCUAUUUGGAGGAUGUCAUUGAGGAGACAGGCUACGUUCUCGAGGAGGAUUCCCGUUUUGCAUCAAGACGCAGUAAAAUCAAAACAGUGGAAGGACAUGUGUACGUUUCAGGAGGACAUGGUACUUCCAAAAAGGUUCACUAUGAUAUGUUUGAAGAAGACUCUGAUGACGAAGAUCCCUACGAUCCCACAAGAAUAGAGUCAAAACUCACCAUCGACGCCAGUGCAGCAGAUGUCGAUGAAGAAGAAGAAGAAAAAGAAGAAGAAGGGACGCAGUAUAGUAGACAGACACGAAAAACAAUAAAACGAAUGGAUGAUAAAAAGAUCAAUUAUGAUUUAAUUCUUCAGCUUUUGGAUUACAUCUGUCACCGUAAAGGUACAGCACCCUCGGGCACGAACCAGGAAGAAGAACCAGACGGACACUACAAACCGACAACCAAGGCCAACAUCCGUGAUAAAGGCGCUAUUCUUGUCUUCUUGCCUGGUAUCAACGAAAUUCGACAGCUUUAUGAUCUUGUAUCCAGUCAUCAUGACUUUGGCGACCCCAAAAAAUAUUGGUUGAUUGCUCUGCAUUCUACCUUGUCUUCUGAGCACCAAGAAAAGGCCUUUGAGGUACCUCCCGAUGGUAUUCGUAAAAUUGUAUUCUCCACAAAUAUAGCAGAAACAGGUGUUACUAUCAGCGAUGUGACCAUUGUCAUUGAUACCGGUAUGGCGAGGGUUGUCAGUUACGACGACAAGAAGAGAGUAAGCCGUUUACUUCAAAAGUAUGUAGCGAAAGCAAAUGCUCGUCAAAGACGCGGCCGUGCGGGUCGUGUUCAAGAGGGUAUAUGCUUUCACCUGUUUACUCAGGAAAGAUUUACCAUGAUGCCUGAUUAUGAAACGCCUGAAAUUCUUCGCUUACCCCUAGAAGAGCUUUGUUUGAGAAUCAAGGUCUGUAAGCUCGGUAGUAUUCGAGAUGUACUUGGCGCAGCAUUAGACGCACCUUCUGAAAAAAUGAUUAAUAAUGCCAUCUUGACCUUGCAGGAGGUCCAAGCAUUAACAACGGAUGGAAAAGAAUCCUUAACGCCUUUAGGAGCACAUUUAUCUCAUCUGCCAGUCGACGUUCAUAUUGGCAAAAUGAUACUCUUUGGUGCUAUUUUCCGCUGCUUAGAUCCUAUUUUGACGAUUGCUGCAGCUUUGAGCUUUAAAAGUCCAUUCAUCCGGCCCUUUGGCAAAGAAGAUGAAGCAGAUGCGGCGAGAGCUCGCUUCCAAGCUUAUCAGUCAGACUUUUUAACCAUUUACAAAGCAUAUACCAUUUGGCGAGACUACAUAUACCAGUUACAAGAGGACAAUGUAUCGAAAUCAAGCCUUCGAAGGAAAUUGAGGGCCUUUUGUAAAGAAAACUUUUUGAGUGAGCAAAAUUUGGAAAUGAUAGAAGAUAUGAAACGCCAGUAUUUGGGACUUCUUGUCAGUAUCGGAUUCGUGAGAAUGGGUCAUCAUGACCGUUUGAGGGACACUACCUAUGACCUCAAACGCUCACGCAUCCAGCUAUGCGAGGUUCCACAGGCGUACGAUGUCCAUUCUUACUCUGUUCCGGUCGUCAACGCCGCAUUAACAGCUGGUCUUUAUCCUAAGCUAGCUGAAUAUUUGCGCCCAUCCCAACAGUUUAUGAAUAAGUCGUUUGAGCUUCAAAUUCAUCCAUCCUCUGUUCUCUUCCAAAAGCAACAUACACUCUUGUCUGAUUUUUUGGUCUACCAUACUGUUGUUAUGAACAAAACAGGAAACGCCGUAAAGGACAAGAUUUUCAUGUGGGAAACAGCAUCUGUGGAUGCAGUAGCCGUCAUUCUAUUAUCCACGGAUCUGCGCAUCAAACACAAGCAACGCAGAAUCGUUCUAGACGAUUGGUUACAAUUUGAUUGCUUUGCAAGAACAGCAGUUCUUUUGAAAUAUUUACGAGCGGAAUUGAACAACUUGUUGGCAGAAAAAAUGGUCCAUCCGGAUAUGGAUUUCACACAUUACAAUGAAGAAGUCAUGCAUGCUUUAGUGCAAACCCUCGAGUCUGGAGCAUGUUGA